AUGUAUUUUGGUUAUCUGCCCCUCGUUGGCGCGAUCUUUUUGACCUUCGCUACUGCUCAAAAUACCGUCUCUCUCGCGGUCUCAGCUCAACCCACGUCAGGCGCCUCCGGAAUCAUCAGUCCCUCAUUCGCCGGCUUCGGUAUCGAACCCUCCAACCUCUUCUCUUUCACCGGAGGGAGCUCCGAGAACCAACUCACCAGAACUUUGCUGGAAAAUUUGGCCAGCUACAGUGGCACUCCACCGCAUUUGCGCAUUGGGGGGAAUACACAAGACUAUUUCAUAUGGGACGAGUCUCAGAACGACUAUGUCUGCGAGCCGAAUCCCAAUCCCGUAGGUCAGGGAAACUAUCCGACUGAUUCCCUCAUCGUCGGUCCCCGAUACUUCGAAGUCAUCAAUCGCUUCCCAAGCAAUACCCCCAUUACCUUUGGUCUAAACUUGGCCUACUCGGAAUCUGAUUACAUCGAUCAAAUCACCACCAUGGCCACCCAGGCUGUUAGUCGCCUGACCGACGUAAACUUGGUCUCCUUGGAAAUUGGCAACGAACCCGAUCUUUAUCUGCAGAACGGUUUUCGAACUGGGAAUUGGGGCGGUCAAGUCUACAGCCAGGAGUGGUUGGAUCGCGCGAGUGCCAUCUGGGAGCAAGUUCUCCAACCCAAUGGUAUUCGAAGCGAUUUCUUUGAACCGGGCGCCACUGCGUCCACGAUUGGUACCAGUUUCGAAAUUGACAAUCUCAAUGAGUUUGGGAUCACCGUUCCCGCCAAUGGCUCGUCCGAACCAUACAUCGCCAGCUGGAAUCAGCAUGAUUAUUAUUACUACAUUGGAGUCUCCACCUACCCCUUGACCCAAUAUCACUUCAUGACGUUGUCGACCACCAAUGAUCAGUUUGCGGCGUGGGAAGAGCAGAUCCAACAGGCGCUGAACACGGGAUAUCCAUAUGCUCUGCGUGAGAUGGGUGUAGUUGGCCCGAUUGGGAUGGACGACAUCACCGACGUUUUUGGGGCCUCCCUGUGGACCCUCAACUUCUUGUUUUAUGCAGCUACCCUCAACAUUUCUUCGGUACAGAUGCACAUGACCGACAAUAGUAACGCCAGUGCCUGGCAGCCAGUCGAACUCUACGGGAACCCGCCGUUUGUCCGACCGAACUACUAUGCCUUUGCCGCCUUUGAUCAGACCAUAGGCCCCACGUGUCAGGCUCAGGUUGGCGGAUAUGUCUUCCAUGAGUUCCCCGAUCCUUAUGGCGGUCGGAUUGCUGCGUAUUCCGUCUACCAAGAUGGUACCCUUGCAUCGAUUGUUCUGAUCAAUUCCAACCCCGCCAACGUGUCUGAGACCAACAAGCCCACCUUGACUUUCGAGUUAUCACUGCCGACGCAAUUUGCUGGGGAGGACUUGUACCUGGCCUAUCUCACCAAUGACGGGGCUGACGCUAAGCACGGCACCACCUGGGAUGGAGUGAGUUAUGAAGAAAGUGGUGACGGCACGGCCACCAGAGUGAACGAUACUGCCGUGCGGGUCACGAUUGGUGAUGAUGGCAGUGUUGACGUCCCUGUUCGAGAUACACAAGCGGUCGUGGCAAAUAUUGGGUCGCCGAUCGGUCAGCGAGCACCCAACAGCAGCGCAUGUUCCAAAUUGGUGGCCAGUACUUCCGACGCGAAACCCGUGUCAACUCCUGUCGGCACGAGCACCGCUGAUGCUUCAUCGUCGACCCAUUCCAAUGCAGCAUCAAGAACAGGCAGCAGUACUCGUGCAACUAUCACCAAUGGCGUUGCCCGUAUGUCUAACAUGAUUUUUGGUACAUUUGCAUCCUCAUUUUUGACAGGAGUUUAUUUGCUCGGGAUAUAA